GGCGGUGGUGCCCGUGUAACCCACCGCGAACGGACAAAAUUGAUCGUUGUACAUUGACGACAAUACUACAUUUGACGCACAUUAGUUUGAGUCCAUAGUAAACUCGUAUAUUGUACUCGUCCAUGAGUAGACUCAUUCUACGGCUUUCACUCUGUUCAACUGUUGUUGGCUCAUAGUUUAUAGAAGGCUCUUCGGAUACUGACGGUGGUUCGUGACGGAUAAACUGGCAAACGGUAAACUUCCAAAUAGUGUUAUCAAGAAUUGUUUGACCUCAUCCAACACUAAUAUCGCAUAACAAGUACCUAACAAUCAUCAUUUUCCAGUCAUGUCAAAUCAAUCACUGUCCAAAUCGGAUGCGACUAAUUCUAAUUGUUCAAUGGCGGACAACAGCAAUCCCACUGGUGUCAAGCAAACUAUAAAUUUUGAAUGGACUACAAAACUUGAGAAAUGUUUGCUUUAUAACAUGAUACGUCUAAAGCCUUGUGGAAUUAAUAAACACUUGAGUAUGCUUCUACUACAACAAAAAAUAAAUAAAGAAUUAAAAAUUAAUAUACCAAUUGAUGUCUUAUGGAAUUAUUUGUCAACUAAAUGGGAUAUUAGAGCUGCUGAUGUUAUAGAACAUAUAAAUUUUAAUGUUACUGAGAAAGACUUUGUUUUACCAGAAGAAUAUGACCAGUUGAUUGCUGAACAAGGAGAAAAAAUUAAAAAAAUGGAAAAAGAAUGUUUACUCGAGGAAGCUAAUAAGAAAAAAUUAUUAAAUUGGAGUGGUAAAACAAGAUCCAAGUCUAAUUCGAUGUCCUCUGUAGAUUCGAAGGAAGGUCUCAAUGAGACAAUUCCUUCAACAUUAUUAGAAAGCUCUCCAGCUAAGACAAAUGAUGUUGGAUCUGAUGAUGGUCCAUGUACUAGAAKAUCAUUGCGUACAAAUGAUAAACUAGAAAAUAGUAAAUCUGAUGAAAAAAAUAAGUUAAAAGAUUCAAAACAGUUAAAUAAAAAAAAUUCAAAUCAAUCUAAGGAUGUGGAGAAGAUUGAAAUAACCUCAAAUUUCAGAGGUCGAAAAAUGAAAAGUAGAAACGUGUCAGAAUCUAGUUUCAGUUCUGAUAAUAGUAAACAGCGUAGGAAUCAUAAAAAUAAUUUGACAGAUUUAACUGUUUCGGAUAGCUCAUCUAGAUCAGUAACUCCAGAGAAUUUUAGAGGUAAAACUUCAAACCGUUCUGUUACACCUGAAACUACUAGUAGAAAAUCAAACUUGCGCUCUAGUGAUAAAGACCAGAAAUCUAAACUUGCAUUAGAAAAAGCAUGUCUAAAGUUUGGACAUCAAGUCGAUCUAGUUUUACCAGAAAUAAAAAUUGAACGCCUAAAACCUGAAAAGCAAUUUGCAUCUUUAGCGGAAUCAAAAUCUAAAAAUUUGAUACAAGGUAAAAAUGAAGCAAAUAACAAAGUAAAAGCUAAAAUACGUAAUAGAGUAACAUCCGAUCUAUUAGUAGUUCAACAAUCUCCAGAUAUACAAUCAUUAGGUAGACGCUCUUGUAGCAACAAAAAUUCAUAAAUUUUUAAAAUGACUAAUGAGUAAUGGAACACAAAAUAUGACCUUUUUGUUAAAUCAUUUAACAUUAAAUUUUUAAUGUUCAAUGUGACUUAUAACAUUUCUUUAAUAGCACUUAUAUGAUAUUGCAGGUAAAUUAUGUUAUCCUAAAUAUUAUAAAUAUUAAUUUCUGAAAACGUGUACAUUAAAGUAAAAUUAAUAUU